CGUGCAGCGUGAACGCGCGGCACGACACGAACGUGUUUUAAGCGUGUUCAGUUUAGGAAAAGGCGUCGUUGGACUGUAUCAGAGAGUUUAGCUGAGCGUGGGGUCCGGCCGGGUCACUGAGGCGCACUGACUACUGAACGUUGCUCUGGACUGUCGAGAGGAUGUCGCACAGCUCCUAUGGCAGAAUAUGGGCAGAGGCCCAGGGGGCCUUGGCAGACCUGCUGAAAGAUGAGAUCCCCCCGACACAGCUCCAUCCCCAGAAGGACCGUUUGCAGGUCUUCCAGACUCUGUCCACCUUCUACCUGCGCUACCUCCACAUCGUCAGGCGUCUGGAAGUAGUCUACGACCAGAUCGUUCAUCCACAGAAGAGACGUGUGGUGCUACACGUUCUGGAGGGGGUCAUGGGUCGGCUGCUGGAGCUGAAGAAUGAGAUGGUGGAGCUGGAGUUUUCUGAGUUUCACUACUUUGAUGAUGUGCUACAAGACCUGAAGAUGACUCCUGAGGACCUGGAGGUGCCCAUCCCACGGUAUUUUGUCAGAGAGAGGAUGAAAGCGUUGAGAGAGAGAGAGAAGAUGCUGGCUCAUAUUCUGGCUAAAAAGGAACACUUGGAUCAGGAGCCGUUUCCAGCGCAGACCAUGUCAGUGGAGCGGGCUGUGCAGCUGCUGCAGGUGAGCGAGCGUGCUCGGCAGGGCCGUCUCAGAGCUCACUUCAUGAAGGAGAUUUGGCAGGAGGAGCGGAGAACGAGGCGGGGGGAGAACUGCAGUCCCAUCGCUUCAGACCCCCAUCUGGCAGCCACUCUCAUACAGAAGGUGUGGAGGGGUUACAGACAGAGGAAGAGGACCAGCAAGGAGCGUCUAGAGGAAAUGAUCUUUUUGGGAAUGAUUGCACCUCAGCUCCCAAAUCUCAGCCCUGCCCAUCAGCGAGCCAAGCAGGUGGAGAGCAGUAGGAGGCAGGUGCAGGAGGACCAUGAGACAGAGUACCAGCAGGCACUGGUCACCAUCAAAGAGUCAGUUCGUUUAGUGGAUGGACCAGACAUAAAGGAAACAAUGCAGGAGCAGAUACGCCAGUGGUUCCUCGAAUGCCGAGAUGCUACUGGAAAAUUCCCUGAUUUCCCAAGUGCUGAGGACGGAGGAUCAGCUUCCAUAUUUGCGCAGAAGACACCGGAGCAGGUUGCUGCUGAGCUGGCUGCUAAACAACAGGAAAAGGAGAAGAAGAAAUCCAAGGGGAAGAAAGACAAAAAUUCUUCCAAGGAACGAAAAGAGAAGAAAAAAGACAAGAAAGGAAAAGCAAAAGGCAAAGGGGGGAAAGCAGAUAUGGAGAAGGAUGAGGAAAAGGGCUGGAAGAUGAGCCCCAGCAACUUCCUGCCCACUGUGACUGAAGGAGCUAAGCUGUACAGAGAGGUCUGGCAGGCUCGAGAUGAAGGCCAGAACUUCAUUCAGCGUUUCGACCCUCAGCUUGUGCGAGAGGAGAAAAGGACGGAGGUGGAAGAGGAGGUCAGAGUGCAGGUGGAUGAGCUGAUGAGGCAGGAGCUGAAGAACCUCAAACUGACAGUGGACCGGGAUAAAGGCAAGAAGAAGAAGAGGGCGAAGAAGGCCAGUAAAAAGAAGAAGAAGAAAGGGAAAAAGGGUGGAAAGAAGAAGAAGAAAAAAGAGAAGGAUCUGACAGCAGACAGGACCAUUGAAUCCCUGUACGAGGAGCUAGUUCUGGAAGGCAUCCUGAUUCGGCCAGCGAACAUCAAACUGUCUGAGUAUCUCGGAGAGUACAGUUAUUUGGGUACGAGCCUGAGGCAGGCAGACAUCGAGCCCAUGCCCUCUCUGUCAGAUGUCAGACAGCUGAUCGCCCUUUAUGGUGUGUUGCCUCUGGGCUCUCAGUGUGUCCAUGAGAGUGGGCCUCUGAUCCGCUCUCUGCUGCUGGCUGGUCCUUCAGGCGUGGGGAAGAAGAUGUUGCUGCAUUCUCUUUGCACGGAGACCGGAGCCAACCUGUUUAACCUCUCCCCCGCCAACCUGGCAGGCAAAUAUCCGGGCAGGAACGGCCUUCAGUACCUCCUGCACAUGGUGCUCAAGGUGGCUCGCCAGCUGCAGCCCUCUGUCAUUUGGAUCGGAGACGCUGAGAAAACAUUCUACAAGAAAGUUCCAAAGGCAGAGAAAGAGAUGGAGCCCAAAAGGCUAAAGAAAGACCUGCCGAAGGUGGUGAAGUCCAUUAAAGCAGAAGACAGAGUACUGCUCGUGGGGACCUCCCGCAGACCAUUUGAUGCCGACCUCAAAGCACUCUGUAAAGUUUACAAAAAGAUCAUCCUGAUCCCCAGACCAGACUACGCCUCACGGCUGAUUUUAUGGAAGGAGCUGCUUGCGGUGCAAGGGGCUCAGCUGGGCCCCACUCUGGACCUGAGCUCUCUGGCUAAGGUCACUGACGGCUACACCCAGGGUCACAUCUUGCAGGCAGUGCGAAGCGUCCUGAGCACCCGCCGCCUCACUCAGCAAGCCAAGAGACCCCUCACUGCCCUGGAGUUCAUCCCCCCUCUCGCCAGGCAAGACCCCAUCUACAAAGAGGAGGAGGAGGCCUUUAAGGCCUGGUAUAGCCGGACUCCACUGGGCAAAAAACGAGCACGAGCUGCCAAGGAGUUUGAGGAAACGGCAAAGCUGAGCAAAGGAAAGAAGAAACCUGGAAAGGCCUCAAAGAAGGAAACAGCAGGGAAAGAAAAGAAGAAGAAAAAGAAGUGAAUGUUUCUCUGCUUUGUCAUGGACUGCAGUGCUUUUACAUUCAUAAGACUUUUUAGUUUUAGAUCGUAUCUCUUGUUUGCAGAUACCUGAACAAAAAUUGGGACUAGUGUGCAAUUCCUCUUUUGACCACCAGAGAGCAGCAACACACUUUCUUCCACUUCUCCUCUGGUUUACUACCUCCUUUACGCACAUCUCUGUUUAAAAACAUAUUUCAUUUCAUUGACUAAAAAUGUAUUUAUUUAGCUUGU